UCGACCGCGCGCCCCGAAUCCCUCAUCGGGCCGUGGGACCUGAGUCGCACAGUGCAGAUACUGCGCCGCAGCCACGACAAGGGCGUGCUGGCCGAGUACAAAGCCUCCACCAUGCUCUCCGUGGAGGCCGAGGCCGCCAAGCUCGCCGAUGACCGCGGCACCUGGGAGGGCCAAGGACUCGAGCACCGCGACGAAGACCUUAUUGUUGUGCGGGAGGACGAUUACACCCCCGCCCCCACCCUCUACGAGGAGGACGACGACGACGACGACGACAACGAGGUGCGCCUGGAGGUCGAGGACGGCGUCGAGGACCGCCAGGACAAGCAGGACCUGCAGGACGUCGGGAGGGACGCCGCGAGGGACAGGACGCCGGGCGCGGAGGACGCGACGCAGGAGAGCGUCAUGGAGGUGGAGGACUUCGAGAUGCCCAAGAAGGGCCACGUGGACAUCGUGACGCGCUUCCUGCGCAUCGUCGAGUCGCAGCACCUGCUGGGCGAGAACUGCACCGCCGGCACCGACCUCAACCUGGGCGAGGGCGUGGUGGACCGCUACGCGCAGGAGCGCUUCCGCGUGGAGGCCGACGUGGCGGUGAACCGCGCCAACAUGCUGACCCGCCUGUGGAAGUACGCCGGCGCCGGCGUGAUGCACUCCGAGUACCUGCUGCACGCCGCCGUGUUCGCCAUGGUGGAGUUCGACGACGACAUCUUCGCGGCCGGCAACUGCUACGACGCCUUCCAGUACAAGGACUACUGGCUGUUCUGCCCGUUCGCCUACCGCCUGCCCGAGGGCCCCAUCCUCGUCAAGGACCUGGCCGUCGAGUACAAGUACCUGGGCAACAAGUCCGAGUGGUUCUUCGUGGCGCGGAAGAACGCGGAGCGCGUCAUCCAGAACUACAACCAGUUCAGCCGAGGCUACAACACGUACACGUACAACUCGACGGCGCACACGGAGCGCUUCCCGGACGAGAUCCUGAGCGUCACCUACGAGGACGGCAAGUGGAGCAAGCCGUACUACGACUGCGGCGGCGGCAACAUCUGGAUGCUCACCUACACCGUGCCCUUCUUCGGCUUCGCCAACGGCUCCUACUUCUUCAAGGGCACCAGCGGCAUCGACAUCGACCUCCGCCGCGUGGACAUCGACCAGUGCCCGCUGCCCGAGGGAUCCACGCAGCUCAACAUCUUCGCCGCCUCCGACAAGUGCAAGAAGCGGACCACUGAGUGCGCGCCCAUCGCCGGGCUGGGCUUUCGCCGUGGCUCCUACCUGUGCGUCUGCAAGCCGGGCUUCUACUUCCCGGACACGCAGAGCAGCCAGCGCGCCUUCAACGGCAACCACAUCGAGGAGGAGUACGAGAAACUCAUCAUGGGCACCGAGUCGUCGUACAAGAAGCCCGGCGCCUUCGAGUGCCUGCAGUGUGCCGAGGGGUGCGAGGUCUGCGAGGACGACCGGCCGUGCGUGGUGACGCUCAACUGGGCCAUGCGCACCGCGCUGCUCGUCAUCGUGUGCGUCAUCAUCCUGUGCCUGCCCGCCGUCGUGGUCUUCACCUGGAAGUACGGCCACGUCAAGGUGGUGCGCGCGGCCAGCCCGGUGCUGCUGCGCGUCAUCGCGCUGGGGGCCUUCUUCAUCUACUGCACGAACAUCGUGAUGUACUUCGAGCCGCACGUGGUGACGUGCACGCUGCGGCUGUGGCUGCGCGAGAUCGGCUUCUCGCUCACCUACGGCGCCCUCAUGCUCAAGACCUGGAGGAUCUCCGUCAUCUUCCGCGUGCGCUCCGCCAAGGCCGUCAAGAUCACGGACCUGGACCUGGUGAAGCGCGUGGGCGCCAUCCUGGGCGCGUUCGGCGUGCUGCUGGCGGUGCGCACACUGGUGGACCCGCCGCCCGUCAUCGUGGGCCGCACCGCCGACGACCUCAAGGCCUUCCUGUGCCGCACCGACUGGUGGGACCACUGCUUCACCACGCUGGAGGUGGCGUUCCUGGCCUGGGGAGUCCGCCUGUGCAUCGUGGUGCGCAAGGCGCCCUCCGAGUUCAACGAGAGCAGGUUCAUCUCCAUGGCCAUCUACAACGAGUUUCUUCUCUCCGUCUUCCUCAACGUCUCCAUGCUGUUCCUGCAGUCGCCCGCCAACCCGGACCUGCUGUUCGUCAUCUUCUUCUGCCACACGCAGCUCACCAUCACGCUGCUGCUGGGGCUCAUCUUCGGCAGCAAGGCGUACCUGGUGUUUCGGGACCGCGGCCGCCUGGAGGAGGCGCCCUCCAUGCCGAAGCCGCCCACCACCAAGUUCCUGCGGUCCACGAACUCGCACUACGCGACGCAGCCGACGCCGGCCUCGUCCAACUGCAACGCGGCGCACAACGACGUUGGCGUGCAGGAGGAGUUCUCCCGCCUCAAGUCGGCGCUGGACGCGCUCCGGGACCGCAGCGUGUGCCGCGGCGACCGCAUCCUGGCGGCGCGCAUCGGCGCCAUGCUGGAGUGUGCGGGGCCGGGGCAGCAGGCGCUCAAGGAGUGCGAGGAGGACGCGGCCAAGGCCAAGGAGGCCGAGGCCAACCAGAUUUCGUGGAUUUUGCAAUCUGAACGCAAGAACUUGAACUUCGGACUUAAACGUAACUUCGAGGCGGAAAUGUCGUUAAGGUUGAGAAAGUGCCAUGUUGAGGGGAGAGUCAUGAUAAAGUCAGAUGAAGGAUUAGGGUUUAACUCGGGUGCCCCUUGA